GGAGGGAGGAACAGUUUGAAGAGCCAGGGUGAAGUUAGAGUAGCUACAGAUAGACUGGGAAAGUGAAUAAAGUAUGUGCUGUUAAACUGGGAAAGAGACCAGAAGAUAGAGAGAGGGAGUGUGUCCAUUCUGGAAGAUAUUAUUAUAACUAUUUGGAUUCAAUUUUAUCCAUAAAUGUCAAUUUUUUAAAUCCAAUUUUUCUACCAAAUAUUUUUGCUUUCUUUUCAGUUAAUCUGAAGCGUCCCCCACCUGAAAGCUAGAUUUUUUUUUGUGUGAGUGUGUGUUUUUAUGUGUGUGAUACAGUAAGUCAUGGAACUGGAGCGUUUAGGUGGCGGUGGGGUUAAACCCGAGAGGGGCAACUGUCUCUACAGGAUAGCACUGGCCAUGUGUGUGUGUCUCUGUGCUGCUCUGCUGCUUGCGCUCAUGCUGGUCUCUCAAAAAUCUAGUCAGGAGGAGUUCUGUCUGAACCCAGAAUGCAUUGAAGCAGCGGGAUCUAUUCUAAGUAAAAUGGAUCAAUCCGUUAACCCCUGUGAUGACUUCUAUAGUUACUCCUGUGGCGGCUGGUUAAAGGAGAACCCGAUCCCUGAAGAUUCCUCCUCGUACGGCAUCUAUCCCUGGCUGCGGCAGCAUGUAGAUAUCCGACUCAAAGAGUUACUAGAAGCUCCUUCAGACCCUGAUGAACUGGAGGCAGUGUCCAAGGCUAAGAUCCUCUACCGCUCCUGUAUGAAUGAGACUAUACUGGAGCAGAUGGACACCAAACCAAUGCUGAAAACCCUUAAACAGCCCGAGUUUCGGUGGCCUAUUGUGGGGGAUGGGCUUGGCGGGGACUAUCAGUGGUCGGCGGGGCAGUGGAGCCUCUUGAAGACUCUGGCUGAGAUGAGGAAUCAGCACAGUAAGAGUGUCCUGAUUCGCCUCUACGUUUCCCCCGAUGACAAAAACUCCUCAUACUACAUCAUCAAGCUCGAUCAGGCGUCCUUGUCUUUGCCCUCCAGGGAAGACUACAUCACCAACACUUCCUCUGCCCGCGCGUAUCGUGCAGCCCUGCUCAGUUUGAUGGUAGAUACAGCCGUCAUGCUGGGUGCUCCAGAGAAAGCAGCACUGACCCAGAUGGAAAAGGCUCUCGCCUUCGAGACCAAACUAGCUCAUAUCCUGAUUCCCUAUGAAAACCGCACCAGUGAGAACAUGUACAACAGAUACACGCUGUCUCGCCUGCAGCGCUCCAUACCACAGUUUGACUGGCUGGGUUUUGUAAGAGCUGUGGUGGAGUCUAAAGCCGACCCGGCUCGGUCCAUCUACUCCUCUGAGCCCGUCAUCGUCCGAGCUCCACACUACUUCAAGGAACUUUUCAAGCUCAUUAACGCCACAGAUCCUAGGACUGUAGCUAACUACGUACAGUGGAGAACAGUUUUUUCCAGGAUCACCACUCUGAGCCGUCGUUUCCUUUACAGAUACCUGGACUUUGCUCGGGUAACCACGGGAACCACCUCUCUGACCCCGCGCUGGGAUAAGUGUGUUAACUACGUCGAGAACUCGCUUGUUUAUGCCACCGGGCGCCUCUUUGUCAACACACACUUCCAGGAGGACAAGAAACACAUGAUGGAGGAGCUGAUCGGGGGCGUUCGCUGGGCGUUCAUCGACAUGCUGGAGAAGGAGAACGACUGGAUGGAUCAACCAACGAAGAAGAGAGCCAUAGAGAAGGCUCAUGCAGUCCUGGCUAAGGUUGGCUACCCCGAGUUUAUUCUGAACGACACCUACCUCAAUGAAGAUUUAAAGCAGCUACAGUUCAGCGAGAAGGACUACUACGAUAAUGUGAUGCAGACGUUGAAGUUCAUCGCCCAGUCUGACAUCGCCUGGCUCCGAAAGAGUGUCCCACGUACAGAGUGGUUUACCAACCCAACAACUGUGAACGCCUUCUACAGUUCCUCCACGAAUCAAAUCAGAUUCCCUGCUGGAGAGCUUCAAAAACCUUUCUUUUGGGGAAGAGAGUAUCCAAGAUCUUUAAGUUAUGGCGCCAUCGGGGUGAUAGUAGGACAUGAGUUAACACACGGGUUUGACAAUAACGGUCGCAAGUACGACAGCAACGGCAACCUUGACCUGUGGUGGAGCAACGCAUCCAUAACAGCCUUCAAUGAGAAGACCCAGUGCAUGAUUGACCAGUAUAACAGCUAUCACUGGGAGGAGGCAGGAUUGAAUGUGCGGGGUAAGAGGACUCUGGCAGAAAACAUAGCAGACAAUGGAGGAAUAAGAGAAGCUUUUAGGGCGUACAGGCGGUGGGUAGAUGAGAGCAGAGGUGGUGUGGAGGAGCCUCGGCUGCCUGGAGUCGGACUGAACAACAACCAGCUUUUCUUCCUGAGCUAUGCACACGUGAGAUGUAACUCGUACAGACCAGAAGCAGCCAGAGACCAGAUCCAGAGUGGAGCUCACAGUCCACCAAAAUACAGAGUAAUCGGAGCGAUGAGUAACUAUGAGGAGUUCCGGAAAGUGUUCAGCUGCCCUGAGUCGUCGAUAAUGAACCGAGGUGCACAGUCCUGUCGGGUGUGGUGACCUUCGACCUCAGCUUGACUCCGAAACCAGGCGAGAGCUGUCGGCAGGACAUCUGUUGAAAAAGGCUGAUAAUGCUUGGGCUUAGCCGACAUAGUUUACAUGUUGAGGGGACAGUGAAUGAAUCGUUCUCACCGAAAAUAGCACACCCUGACAUAAACAUGUAAGGGUAAGAGCCAUUUUUAAUAGACUUUUGUAUAGUGUUUCUGCAACAACAACGUUUUUCCACAGGUAUAUUUACUCCAUGUGUUGCAGUUACGGCAUAAAUUACAACUCAAACUGUUUGUUUGGACCAUCAUUUCUGGAUUUUAUGUGUCUAUGUGUACUGUGAGUGUGACAUGAAGCUAGAACAUUUCAUAUGGGAAUAAAAAAAAUCUAUAUAUUAAAGUAAAGGUAGAAUGAUUAGAUUUGUUAUUUUUUUGUUUUUUUUACAGGAACCUAUAUAUCAAAUGUUACGUAACUGUCAGGUCAGUAUCUGUAGGCUAUAUUAUAUUAAUUAGCAGCAAAUUCCCCAACACCCUAAACCAAAGAUUAAUUUAAUUAUUUUUUGUUUGAGCAUAAAUAUGAGCAAAAAAUGCAAAUCAGAAUACAAAAAUACAGUUAAGCCUUCAAGUUAGAUAUUGUAUCUCAUAGUAAGGCUUAAAACCUUUUCAUCCCUUAUAAUUGUGAAAACUCGUAUCUUAAUAUUAAACAUGCAGAGCAGCUCGACAAGUAAAAUAUCAACCUGACUUAAUAUGAGGUUUGAGUUAGACUACCUGUGUAUCUUUUGUGUAUUGUGUGUACGGUGUGGGCUCUCCUUUGAUAAAUCCUGUCUUGGUUUUCGUCCCACUUUGUUUCAGUCUUUCAGACAUUUAUAUUCAUUCUCCUGCAGUUCAGCCCGAGGCAAAUGAACUCACAGAAUUACAAGCACUCAAACUACAAGAUGCACUCUCUCCAUUUGUCUUUCUGUCUCCUUUACUGAACGGCACUGCUGAGGCGCACUCACACAUCAGCUUGUCUGUAGCAUUUGAAGUCUCUCUGGAAUGAAGGGAGCAUUUUACACAGCAGAUUUCAGAAAAUGUGAAGGAUAUUCUUUAUCCUUUGAAGUAUUUUUUUUUAUCACGGGUAAUCAUUAAAACAUAACUGCACUCCUGAACCCAAUGUUCAGGUUUUGCUUUAUAGAUUAAAAUCACUGUCACCAGAAAAUUUCAUUUAACCUGUCUUUUUUUCCACAUUUAUCUGACAAACUAUUCUUAUUUUGAGUUUUGAAGCACUCUCACUCUCACACUAACUGUUCCUCGUGUCUCAAUCGGUCCUAUGCAUUCCUGAACAGUUGCAACACCUUUUAUAAAUUCAGACUUAUCUUUCAGUGAAGAUCACAUCACUAAAUAAAAAGAGUUAAAAUACAAAGGGUUGUACUAUACAAACCAGCUUUUAGUUAAAGCAACAUUAUGUUAGAACUGGUAUUUUUUGCAACUUAAUUUGCUUAGACGACCAAACAUCCACAAAAGUGCAACAACACAGUCCAUAGCGAGCCAGGUAAUAGUUACUAGUCCAACAGUAAAAAGGCAGACUCAGCGUCUGUCUUGCAGCUUUUUAUUUCACAAAGCUCUUGCCAAUGGCUUAAAGCCAGUCCGAGAUUUACUCUUGUCCGUUGGUUGGGUCUCUCUCUUUUUAGCUUCCUCUGUCAACGUCCCCUUUGGGCUCUUUGCCUCUGCCACGAUGUCGACGCUGAGCCUGGUUACGUUGCCCGCUCACUGGUUCUGGUUCUGGUGCCCAUUUUGGUACAGCUCCCUAGCAAUAACUGAAAUCUUUACUAGCUAAGACAUUUCUUAAGUUUUUAUGGCACCUGAUUUAAUAUAUCACCAGUUUUGAGACAAGCUAGUUAGCAAGAAUUAAGGAAUCCUAUGAGCACAAACUUAGUAAUGGCUUUGCCGAUACCCAGUGGUAACAUUUGAUCCUGAAGUGUUAAUGAGGGCAGCACUUUCAAAUCUACUGUAUACAAUGGUAAUGCGAGAAUUUCUGUGAAAACUUGAUAGAAGAUUAAUCUGUUUUCAGUAAAAUUAAGAUUAAUAAUAACCAAUGAGGAAAAUAAACAUCAAAUCAAGCUUUUUUUUCACACUAUGCAUCAUUUUCCAGGUUCCUAAACAUGUUUCAUGUGUUACCGACAAAAUAGGCUCCCACUUAGGGUUAUUUGUAUUAUUGAUUGAUCGAUUAUUUGUACAAUUAAUCUUUUAGUCUCAAAAUGGCCAUCAUAAUUUCCUAAAGCCCAAUGUGAUGUCUUCAGAUGUCUUGUUCUGUCCGACCAAAUGUUUAAAGCCCAAACAUAUUCAGUUUACAGCAAUGUAAAACAGUGAAACACAGCAAAUUAUCACAUUUCAAUUGAAAUAACCAUAUUUAAAAACAAAUGUAGGUUCUUUAUUUGCAUUUUAUUAUCAGCAAGUGCUUGAUAUUGAAUAUUUUUGUAACUGAAUGGGAUGAAUUAUUGCUUUUCCGUUGUUAUUUUAAAUAUUUCUAUGUUGUGAUUAUGGUACACUGUGUUGCUGUUUUUGGUUGUGCUUCUUUCUAUCGGGUUCUAAUAAAACUCUGAGACAUUACACCCUU